AGAUCUUCAGUAUUACAUAUAAGUUACAAACAGUGCCUAAAAAUGGUUGAAGCCUACGUUCCCCCAGUUAUUAUCACUGCUAUUUGGGCCUUUAUUGGCAUCAUUUGCCCCUUCUUUGCUCGGGGCCCUAACAGGGGUGUUACCCAGUGCUGCAUUAUGCUUACUGCUGUUACCUGUUGGCUAUUUUGGCUUUGCUGUUAUUUGACGCAGAUGAAUCCCCUGAUCGGACCCAAACUAUCCAUGAAUGAAAUUAUGAUAAUGGCCCGAGAAUGGGGCAAUGAAAUUAAGGAUACCAUGGAUGUUACAGUGUAACUUGUAAAUAUGUGGGUCAUUCCAUCGAAAAGAUUUGUUUAUGUUUCUUUGAUUCAUUUUUGAUCCAUCCCACAAAUGUGUUAAUCAAAUGUUUCUUUUUUUGAAAACUGUUUAAGUUUGCAUUAUAUUAUUAUGUACGAGUAAAUAAAUCCCAUAUUCGUGGAUGAAGUUUAAAAGAA